CAGGUAUCUGUGCCUAACUCUCAACCGUAACAGUGUUUCCGGCUACAGCAAAAUUGAAUGAAGAUGCGCUGAUAACGUAUGCAUUCACAACUACCCUACCAGGAGAAAUUGUGGCAGGCGAGACUUGGUUGAAAUGUGAUGCAGAUGGCGUAAUGCAGGGGGAUCCUAUUAUAACGAAUUUAUUUAACAAAGAACCUAAAGGUAGAUACAGCAUAAGUCCUGAUGGAUACCUCAUUAUAUCUAAUGUUGAAGUUAACGAUACAGGAUACUAUCUAUGCAGAGUAUCCACAUUAUCCGGUAACAAUGCAAAUGGGUUCUCUAAAUUAACAGUUCAAUAUCUUGACACACCUAUUUUGGAACCAAAGCAGGAAAUUUUUAACGAAAAUUCAAUUGCGAAAUUUACAUGCACCUUACCUGAUGGUGUUCCAACACCUAUCACCACCACAUGGGUCAAAGAUGGUGGCGUGCUUAAUGUUUGUGAUACUAAGAAAUAUCCACAGUCAGACACAUCAUUAGAGAUUAGUGGAGUCAACGAAAUGGACGAAGGAGACUACCAAUGUCGAGCAGAGAAUGCAGCUUACAGUGGGGAUGAAGGAAAGCUGAGUAAUAAGGGAACACUGUUAAUGUUUAGACCUACUUCAACAUCAAGGGCACCCGUAUCAAGUCUCUCGGGUACAGAUGUCUUGUUAGCCACACAUUGGACUUCUGUAGCAGGUAUUUCCAAAACUGAACAACAGAAAUCGUCAAACUUCAAUACUAGUCUUGUUGCUGGAACGACGUUUUUAGGUUUCUUUAUGGGAAUCCUUUUAUCUUCAUUUGUAUGUGUCAUUCUCUGGAAAUUGAGAAAUUCAAAAGCACAGGUACGAUACCAGCAUCGUGUACAUACUGAUACCGAUGUGUUUUACUAA